UCAAAUAUGGUUGGAAGUGUUUCAGCUAUGUUUUAUCAUCUCAAAACAAUAAACUCAGCUCAUUUCGGGUAGAGUUCAAGGAGUCUUAAGCAGAACUAGAGCUUUGUAGCCUUUAUACUUACUUAUAAAAUCUCUGAUAGGGAAAUCAUUUCUAAGAUUUCAAUUUUUAGCUUAUGAGUAGAUCCAUCUUUAAAAUCGGAUUAAUGGAUCAAUUAUAUAUAAAUUUUCCAUUUAUGGACAAAUCUGGCAGCCCAGAUUUGUCCAAUAUUUUAGAAGAGCAUUUGACUGAGUCCAGGGCCUCCCCUACUCCACCAGAUCUCACCUUAAUGUAAUUCUUCUAUCAUUUUGAAAGAAUUUGGCCUACUGUUUUUAGGUUUUACCUCGAUUAACUUCGAAAUUUUUAAUAGUAAUGAUUCCUGGGCUAAAUAUCGUAUUCUUGGACCCAUACCAACCACUUAAGUUGUUAAUUUCU